AUGCCUCCGUACCGCCCCAUCGCGGCCACCGCCAUGGACUUAGACAGCCCCACCUCUCUCCGGCAGAUGUUCAAGUCCUCCCUCCGCCAGCUCCCGUGUUGCUUCCACAUGCGCCAUUGCCCCAGAGAGGACGGCGACGAUCCUUUGCCCUCCUACCGCGACGCCCCGUCUCCUCUGCUUGGGAGGUUGUCCCUUUUGUCGCCGAGACCGCUGAAUGCCCAGGAGAUGCCUGAAUUCAAGGACAAGGCCAAGAAUCACCCCAGGUCGCGUGUCGGGAGGCACAAGAGGCGGCACUCGUCCGUGGAUCUCCGUUACGACGCGCUGAGUUACUCCAUGAAUUUCGAUGAAGGCGGCGUCGUCGACGAGGGUAAAGUAGACGACGAGCUGCCGUCGAGGAACUUCAUCUCCAGGUUGCCGGCGACGCCGGAAAGAACGACGCAUGCGAUUACAUGUGAGAAAGGGCGUCGUGUGCUUUGA